AUGAGCUUGGAACAGUUGAAACAGUUUUCUACUUGUGAAAUUGCAGAUGCACUUUUGAAGCUUGGACAGCGACCAUGGGGAGGAUAUAUACCUGAUAUUGAGAUGUGGUCACCUACUUAUUGCGAGGGAGAUACACGUAUCAUAGGCCCUGCAUUUACUGUCAAGAUGGUACAUAAAGAAGAUAAAACCUCACCUACACCCACAGAACAUUUUGCUGAUGCAGCUGAGAGUGGAUCUAUUAUUGUUAUAUCUGCUCCCUCAGAUGUCAAAAACGCAGUUUGGGGUGGAUUGAUGUCUGCAAGAGCAAAAGCUAAAGGAGCCAAGGGUGUGGUCAUUGACGGACGCGUGCGCGAUUUAAAUGAACAUCGCCAGAUGCAGUUUCCAGUGUUUGCAAAAUCGCAUUCAAUUCUGCCCCAAAAUGCGUUUGUACGACCUUCUGAAAUCCAGGUUCCCAUCACGUUGUCUGCUGCAACAGUGAAUCCAGGUGAUAUCAUUGUAGCCGAUCUCGAUGGCGUAAUUUGCAUACCAAAGGAUAUGGUUGAGCAAGUCAUUAUAAAUUGUGAAAAGUAUAUGGCUAUUGAUGAUCAGUGUAUGAAGGCACUUCAAGCAGGACAUAGUGUCAAGGAAACAUUUGCGAAAUACCGAGGCCAGUAG